UGAUGAAAAUACAUGAUGACAGAAGUUUAUAAGGAUCUAUCAGCUAUGAUGUACAUAAUUCUUAUUAUGUUCAUUUAGCGAUCAGCAUUCCCUGGAUUGAUUUAUAAGAUGUAAAAUCCUAAACUUGCUGCCCUAAUCUUCUAUUCAGGAAAAAUAGUCUUUACAGGGGCUAAAAAUGACAUUUAGAUUAGAGAUGCAUAUUGUUAAUUAUUCAAUAUUCUCAAAAAACACUAAUAAGAUAAAGGCAAUAAAUGAAAGAUAAG